CACCAUCACCACCAUGGUGUGUCCCUGUGGCCUCCUCACCCUGCGUCAGGAACCAGUGCCUCUGAAGAGCAUCUCUGUGACCGUAUCCAUUCAUGAGUUCGUGGCUGACGUGACUGCUGAACUGCACUAUGAGAAUAAGGAGACAGUGCCUGUGGAGGCCUUUUUUGUGUUCCCCCUGGACGAAGACUCAGCCGUCUACUCCUUUGAGGCCGUGGCAGAUGAGAAGAGAAUCGUGGCCGAGCUGUGUGACAAGACAACGGCCCAUGACAAGUAUACCACCGCCCUGAGCCAGGGUCACGAGGCCUUCCUCCUGGAAUCAGACGACCUGUCAGGGGAUGUGUUUUCCUGCAGUGUGGGGAACCUGCCCCCCACUUCCAAGGUGGCCCUCACCCUCAAAUAUGUGCAGGAACUGGCCCUGGAGCCCGAUGGUGCCCUGCGCUACGUACUCCCCACCAUCCUCAACCCUCGCUACCAGCUCUCAGGGUCACCAGACUCCCGUUGCCAUAGUUCGCAGCCUCCUGUGGUGCCCUUGAAGACACUUCCCUACACACUCAGUUUGGCAGCCUCUGUCAGCUCCCAGCGUGCCAUAGACAGGAUCCAGUCCAACUGUGCCCUGGGGCCCAUCAAGUAUCCUGGGGAUGACAGGACUUUUGCUGAGGUUUCUCUGGCUGAUGAGUACAAGUUUGACCGAGAUGUGGAGCUGCUGGUUUACUAUCAGGAGGUGCACACCCCCAGUGUCACUGUGGAGCUGGGAGACCCCAGCGGCAAGCCUGAUUCUUUGAUGGGAGCUCCAGCUGCUAUGGUGAGUUUCUAUCCAAACAUCCCAGAAACUCAGGCCCCAACAACCUGUGGAGAAUUUGUCUUUCUCAUGGACCGUUCAGGAAGCAUGGAUUGCCCCAUGAAUAAGAAAGCGACUCAGUCACGCAUUGAGGCAGCCAAGGAAACACUGAUUCUACUGCUGAAAAGUUUGCCCUUGGGGUGCUAUUUCAAUAUCUAUGGAUUUGGAUCUACCUGUGAGGCAUUCUUUACGAAUAGUGUGGAGUACACUCAGAACACAAUGGAGGAAGCCCUGAAGAGAGUGAAGCUUCUGAAAGCUGACCUAGGGGGCACAGAAAUCUUGAACCCACUCCAGCUUAUUUAUGGGAAACCCUCCAUCCCAGGUCACACUCUCCAGCUCUUUGUCUUCACAGAUGGAGAAGUUGCUGACACAUUUGGAAUCAUUGAGGAGGUUAGGAAAAAUAGUCUAAAGCACAGGUGUUUCUCCUUUGGUAUCGGAGAAGGUGCCUCCACCAGCCUUAUAAAAGGUGUUGCCCGGGUAUCUGGGGGCACUGCAGAAUUCAUUACAGGCCGGGAUCGGAUGCAGAGCAAGGUUCUGCGGGCCCUGAAACGUUCUCUGCAGCCCAUGGUUGAGGGUGUUUCUCUGAACUGGGACCUGCCACCUGGUCUGUCUGCUAAGGUGCUUUCCCCAGAACAGACAUCCAUCUUUCAAGGCCAAAGGCUAAUCAUCUAUGCCCAGUUGUUGGGGACAAUGCCGCCGAUAGAGGCAACUGGGGAGGUUUGCUUCAAGUACAAAUACCAGGGCGAGAAUUUUGAGAACAAGUUGACAUUUCCUCUCCAAAUACAGUUGGAUUCUAACCUCACUGUCCACCGCCUGGCUGCCAAGUCCUUCAUCCAGACCAAGGACAUGGGCAUCUUAGAGACGGCUGCGGAAGAUGUGAAAGUCAUUGUCCAAAUAAGCCUGGAGUCUGGAGUCAUAAGCUCCCACACUGCUUUUAUUGCCAUCAACAAGGAUCUCAAACAGCCAGUUAAGGGGUCUCCAGCUCACAGGGACAUACCAAGGCCAAUGCUUCUGGGAAGCAUACAAGCUUUACCUCAAAAGUCUUCUCAUCACAGAAUUCCUCUCACCAGAGCUGUUCUCUACCAUGCAGGAAACACCCAAGCUUUUCCUCGAAAAGUACGCAAGUCCUUGGCAGCUUGCAGCCCUAUGCAGAAAAAGCAGGGGGCGAAGAUCAAACUUAAAGCUUCAUCUUCACCUUCACCUUCAGAAGUACAGAUCCCAGUGCAGGGUCCAUUGUGUUUACACCAACAUGGGCUCAGUGCCAGAGGUGCUAAGGAGCCCUUCCUUCUCACCCUCCCCAUAGCUUGCCUCCCCAUAGUCCCCAGAGAGGACCAUCUCCUACAGCUCAUCUCCCUCCAACGGGCCAAUGGCUCUUGGGAGAUGGAUGAGGGCCUGGCCACUGUCCUCGGGGUGAGUUUACCAGACAUGGAGACAGCACUAACUGUCAAGGAUGCUGACUCUUCCAGCUGGGCCACUGUUCUGGCCGUGACCUGGCUGCAUAUGAAUGGCCAGGACAGGAAGUGUGAGUGGGAACUCCUGGAAAGGAAAGCUGUGGCCUGGAUUCACCACCAUGCAGGCUCCUUCCUGCAAGCCCUCAUAGAAGCUGCCACCACGUUCCUGAAGGCAUCUGUGGAUCCAGCCAUCUUUGCCCUCUGAGCGCAUCAACAAGAACCUCUUUUCUUGCAGCGUGACAUAUGUUCAACAUUUAUCCAGCCUGCCUCUGCUCCCUAGCCCCUUUGCAAAUAACCCUGCUUUGUCUUCUAGGGACCCUCA